UCACUGGCCGGGCGAAAGAAACUGUCAUGGCCUUUUCCUGUUCACGCUUUUGGUGAAGAAGACGUGAACCAUGGCGGACAUAGAAUCAUUUGACGAUGUAGUGCCUACUGUGGAUACAUUGCCAGUGGCACUGUCUGCUGAGUUACCAGAGAUUAAACUGUUUGGAAGGUGGAACUGUGAUGAUGUACAAGUCAACGACAUGUCACUUCAGGAUUACAUUGCUGUAAAAGAGAAAAAUGCCAAGUAUUUGCCACACUCGGCAGGCCGCUAUGCAGCUAAGCGGUUUCGUAAAGCGCAAUGUCCCAUCGUCGAACGCCUUACGAACUCCUUGAUGAUGCAUGGGCGAAAUAAUGGCAAAAAGUUAAUGGCUGUUCGUAUUGUCAAACAUGCGUUCGAGAUAAUCCAUUUGCUGACUGGGGACAAUCCUCUUCAGGUUCUUGUCACCGCCAUCAUUAAUUCGGGUCCACGUGAAGAUUCAACUCGUAUUGGUCGUGCGGGUACCGUACGUCGUCAAGCAGUAGAUGUUUCUCCACUGCGUCGUGUUAACCAAGCUAUUUGGUUACUCUGCACAGGUGCACGAGAAGCUGCAUUCCGUAAUAUCAAAACAAUUGCUGAAUGUUUAGCCGAUGAACUUAUUAAUGCUGCCAAAGGUUCAUCAAAUUCGUAUGCAAUCAAGAAAAAGGAUGAGUUAGAACGUGUUGCAAAGUCUAACCGAUAA